CGUCGCAACGGUGGAUAGCACCGAAACUCUGUAUAGAAACGUCAUUUAAAGCUGUAUGGUAAAGUUAGUUCGUUGUGAGGUAUUGUUAUAAUUAUUAAUAUUCAGGUGGUUAAAAUAGCUGACAUUCCUGGUGGAUAACAGUAGUUCCUCACCGACAAGAUAGAACUCUCAACCAAUCCUGCUGUCAGAUAUAUAGCAGGAUAAAACAACUGUUUCAUUCCUGUAUACUCUUUGAACACGGGGUAGGAAAAAGGAGAUAAUUGUGCGACUCUUGAAAGAGACCUGAGGGCAAGCGACGUUUCGAAAAAUUGCCGCAUCAUCAUUAUCAUCAUCAGGGGUGAUUAAAAUGAAGGUUUUCGUCGCUCUAGUGCUUUUACAGAUUUAUCUGUACGAAUCUACGGACGGGUUUGAGUUUAAGCAUCACGAUAAUCAGGAAUUGUUCCAUGUUUUGAGAGAUGUCAAUACGAAAUGCAGAAAUAUUACCAGGGUAUACGCAUUGAACGAACCAUCAGUUUUGGGAAUACCCCUGUAUGUCAUCGAGUUUUCAACGAGGCCAGGAAGACAUGAAACAUUAAAACCGGAAUUCAAAUAUAUCGCAAAUAUGCACGGAAACGAGGUUCUGGGCAGGGAAUUGCUUCUGAAAUUGGCGGAUUACUUGUGCGAAAGUUAUUUAAACGGGAACCCGGAAAUUAAGGCCCUUAUAAAAUCGACCAGGAUCCAUCUGAUGCCCAGUAUGAAUCCGGACGGAUGGCAACUGGCCACAGACACGGGUGGACAAGACUAUCUGAUUGGACGUACCAAUAACAAUUCCAUCGAUCUCAACAGGAAUUUUCCCGAUUUGGAUAGGAUCGUGUUCGAGAAUGAAGAGGAGAAUGCGGUGAAGAACAACCAUCUGCUGGAACAAGUCACAAGAAUUAAUGAUCCACUACAGCCUGAGACUCGUUCAGUUAUUAGGCUGAUAAUGCAGAUUCCUUUUGUUUUGUCAGCCAAUAUGCACGGUGGAGAUCUUGUAGCAAAUUAUCCCUAUGAUGAAAGCAGGACUGGAAGUCAAAAAGAUGAAUACACAGCCACACCUGAUGACGAAACUUUCAGAUAUCUAGCACUGGCAUAUUCCAGUAAUCAUGCCGAUAUGGCCAAUCCAAAACGAGGAGGAUGCGGUGACGUCGACAGUUCCAAGUUUGCCAAACAGGGAGGCAUUACAAAUGGUGCAAAAUGGUACAGCCUUCAAGGAGGAAUGCAAGAUUUCAACUAUCUUUCCAGCAACGACUUUGAAAUUACUUUAGAACUGGGGUGCAACAAAUAUCCGCCAGCGAGCGUUUUGGAAAAAGAAUGGGAACGUAAUAGGAAAGCUAUUAUUGCUUAUAUGUGGCAAGUUCAUAUUGGAAUUAAGGGUAUAAUAUACGAUUCCGAGACCAAACAACCCAUUAGUGGAGCAACAAUCCAUGUCAAAAAUAUCACUUCUGGUCUGUCUAAUGAUAUUCAUCACGAUGUCACAUCAGUGUAUGGAGGUGAUUAUUAUCGACUGCUCACCCCAGGAACAUAUAAAGUGACUGCUUUCAAAGAGGGAUAUCUGCCGCACAGUAAGUUAGUUACUGUAACCAAUCCAAGCUACACUGAAGCACAACAGGUUGAUUUCGCCCUCAAACCUCUCCCAAUUUCACCAUUCAUCCAAUCUGAUAAUUAUAUCGAAUCGAAGAUCGAUGACCGCUACGGAUCCAGGAACCAAGAUUGGGCGGCUUGGGCAGAAGAAAGGGAACCCAUCCUAGAACCAAUCGCAAUAGCGUAAAUUCAAUAAAAGAACGUCUUCGAAAACUACCUGAGGAAAACAUAAAACGGCCAAUCAUUUCUAUUCCUUCCUCCUUCUAAGUUUACAUUCUUCCCAAUCUUUAAAAGCAAGGACUUAAUCAAAUAACAUGUGAUUUUCCGAUUAGUAGAAUUGCUAAAUUAAAGCAACGCUCUUCUUAUUCUAUCACACAGUAGCUUUGUUCGGGUUCUUGUUAUUACCGAUCCUGAACCGUCCUAGAACUCGGCAGCGCAUGCGCAAAUGAAAUAAUGUCUUCAUAUUUCCUUCUGCGCAUACGCAUCACAGUUCUAGGACGGUUCAGAAUCGGUAAUAAGAGAAACCCGAAGUAAGCUAGUAUCUUUAUUUCCGAAAAAAUAGAAUAGACUGCGCAUAAUCGAAUUUAAAUACAUAUAAAAUAGAUGUUUAGAAUACAGUAAGAGAGUAUAUAAUCAUAAACAAGAAUCUUCGUACCUAUGGAACCCUGCAUAGUAAAAUUGUUAUUGAGGAUGAACUACAGUCUGUCUUAAGUUACAUUUGAAAUAGCGAAACUUAGAUUUUAAUUAUUUAUUGUUAUUCGAUGAUAAAAGACAAUGAUGUAACCAUAUCCAAAUAAAGAAUGAUGUUUAAUUACA